GGAACCUUGUAAAUAAGAACAGAAAUAAUUGACAAUGUCACCUUGCACAUGAGUGCUUCAAACCAUUCUCUUAUCCCCACCACCGCCGCAUAACCCAAUACAUUCAAACCAGCCCUAAGUUCUAAUCCUCCACCUUCAACCCUCAAUGGCACUAUCAGCAAAACGCUCACGAUUCUUCUACCCAGGACGCCCAAGCUUAAGUCAAUCCGAAUCAUCAACAGCCCAACCCGAAGACGCAUCAUCAUCACCAGUACUCACCUCCAUAUCACCCACUACAUCCUUGCAAGCCCCGAAACAAUCAUCUUCGGCAACCGAACAAGCAGCCGAGCUCCUCAAGAUAACAAAGCAUAUCCGCACACAGCUCCAGGAAGCCCAACGUCUGCGACAGCUCAAAGCCUCGCUUUUAGAUCCCGCCGAGAAGACCUGGAUAAACUCCACGAUCUCCGACAUCACGGAUGCAGCGCACGAUAUAGCCGUGCUCUUAGAGCCGAUCCGCAUAGAGCUAGAGAUCGGCAAUGGGAGGCUGAGUCUGCGGACACAAUUGCGCUGGAAGUAUCGGGAUGGUCAGCGCACGAUCAAUAAAACUCAGCGGUUGCUGGCGUGUCAUCGUAGCCUGAUCGGAGUUUUGAGUUAUCUCCGGCAGGUGGAUCUUUCGUUGUCCACAUCUGAGAGGACAUAUGAGCUUGAUGCUGGGGUAUCUUCGAGUGUUUCUCUUGAGGUUAGCGAGUUGGAGGUCAUACCUACUGAGCCAGUUCAGGGCAAGAUAUUGGCUCCUAGUGGAAACAGAUUGGAGUACCGUGUUCACAGGCCGAUUGAAGAGAUGGUCAUGGUUUCCGGUGCCACGAAGCUGGAAUCCGUGGUCAGUAAAGCCACCGAGAAGCGUACACUAGCCCCUGGUACUGUGGACUGCGAAAUAGAUGAUUUAUUGGCUUGGCGUCGGUCGAGAGGGUCCAUUGCUGAGAGUAAGCGGUCUGUUGUUCACAUAGCGCGUCAGUUUGACGGUGAUGUCUAAGGUACAAUCUAUAUAUUUGACCUUCGAUAUUUCUGUUUCUCUCUUCAUCUCUUUUUUCUUUUUUUUUUUUUUCUU